AUGUCGCACGCACUCUUGCUGCGGCUAUUCCUCAGCCCCUACUUCUCCACCUCGGUCGCACUCCACUAUCUCAAAACAUACCCCGACAACAUCGGCAUCAGCCACUACCUCUGUUGGCGGAUGAAGUCUAUGCCUCACGACGAGGUAGAGUUCUACUGGCCCCAGAUAUGUCACCUGCUCAUCACGCGCCCCACCGCGUCCAAUGCGCUCGAGAGCUUUGUGCUCCAGCGCGCCGCCGAGAGUCCUCACGCUGCCAUGCUAACUUUUUGGUUUAUGCAGAGCGCGCUGCGCGAUCUCACCCCAACGCGGACGACCAACCCUCGCCCAUUCCUUAUUUGCCAGCGCGUCCUACACCGUUGCCACGAGAUCCUCUUCGGCGACCCCCCAGAACCCAGCCGCUCCCCCUACCGCUCUCACCCAUCGAGUCCUUCUUUGUCUGGGACAGUCGAGGUUCCGCCCGACACGCCACCGCCAGUGAAGGUCAAACCACACGCUGCCGCCGCCCUCGUCGGUAUGGGCGUCAUGCUUGCGGGCGCAGGCAUGCCCGGCCUCACUGGCUUGGCGGGAGAGUGGGCCGUCAUCCAAGGCCGGCAGCCGAUGGAUGACGCCAAUGCAUCCCGCGCCAGAGUUGAGGCCGAGCAGGGCGGCGGCGCAGACGCUCCCCGCGAGGGGAGAUGGGAACGCAAGCCCGUUCACGACAGCGAGUCGGACGACGACUCGACCGAACCCGCGUCCGCAUCUAGCUCCAGGCCCCCACCUGCGAGAAGGCAAACCCUCCCACCUCAGCCUCUCUCAGGACCCCGCACGCCACCUCGUCAGAGCCGCGGAACAACGCCGCCAAACGGAAGGGCGUACCACCCGUCAGCGACGUCGCCUGCGCUCGUCAAGCACACCGUGCACGACUCGCUCCCAGCCAUGCCGUCGUUGAUGGACGACAGACGGGGCCGCGACCCGUUCUCUCAGAGUUCCGGGACGCCCGACAUCUUCCCGUCUACCAAGUCGCGCGCCAACCUUAUUCCCCUGCACCAGCCGUACCACUCUGUUCCAGAGCUUUCGCGCAGCUCGCCAACUCCGCGCGGGUAUGGAUCCCGCACACCGUCCGGUGAAGCGCUGUUGCAACAGUACAGCCUCGACGCGCAGACCAAGCUCCUGCGCUCGCACUACUGCCGAAGCGAGAUCCGCUUCCUCCUCCACCUUGAGGACAUCAGCAACCGUUUGCUGGUGAUCCCGAAGCCUGCGCGCAUAUCAGCAUUGCGCGCAGAACUCACGAGUCUCAACCACAACCUCCCCGCCGAGGUGUGCAUGCCGCUGUGGUGCAACGCCGACCACUGUCGCAAAGACACUGCGCCCUCGGUCCUAAACCGUGUCAGCGGGCAGCGGCGUAAGAAAGCGCACUCGCGCGUCGUGCGCAUAUCGCCCGGCGACUCUGUUGUGCUCAACUCGGCGGAACGCGCGCCGUAUCUCCUGCACGUCGAGAUCCUCGAAGACGACCUCGACUUUGACCCGACGCGGCGCGAGAACCGCGAACUCCUCAAGAAGAUUGUCAUGCAGGAGGACAUGAAGCGACGGAAGCGCGAGGGGCACCUCGAUGGGAGCUUUACACCGACGAUCAACGAGAGCUUUGCGGCUUCGCCGAUGUCUGUCCCGCCGCUACAUAUCGAUGACGCGGAUCAGGGGGAGGAAGAAGGCUCUGGAACCUCGUCGCCAGUCAAGGAGCCUCCAGAAGGCGACCUCGAGGAGAUGGACCUCGUCGAACAGCUGUAUGGUAACAAGCUCAGCGUGCGCGACAACUUACCCGACCUCACGGACGCUCUGCCGCUGCCGAGCGCGCCGAAGAACAAGCAGCUCGACCUCGAGGUGUGGAACGCGGGCGAGCAGUCUGGGUCACGGCGCUCGUCGAUGGGUGGUGCGUCGCCGAUUAGUCGGUCACGUACGCCAGUCGGCGCAAACGGUAAUCUCGAGGUGCCAAGUCCUAUCCACCGACCAGGGACUCCGGGUGAGAUCGACGACCCUCAGCCGUCUCCGAAACGCGUCAUCACCCUCGAGGACUACGCCGAGCGCAUGCGUACUGCAGCAGUGAUGCUCGCGCAGCUCAACGCGAGUGUACAGCCCCCGACGCCCGAGACCGCGCAGAGCAGCGGCCCGCUCCGCUGGAUCCCUGGAACAGGCUGGAUCCCCGGCGUAUCCAAGGACGCCGCGGCAGACUCAGCCGCCGGUGCAAGCAGCGCAGGCGGUAAAUUGCGCCUAGCGGCGGCACAGGCAGCGGCGAUCCGCGAGCGCAUAAUGGAAGAGAUGAUGGCACUGGAAGAAGAGCGCGUCGCGCGCAUGACGACUCUCCCCGAAGGCGUGGAAGUUUCGCCAGCCCACGUCGUAAUGGAAGGCAAGACGGCCGAGGACGAGGGCAUUGUCCGCCGCGAGAUUAACAAGGCCGAUCCGAGUGCCGCAAUCUUCAAGGAGAGCUGGACGGGCAAGAAGAGCCGUAUCCGUGCCGCGUCGCCUUGGGGCCACCUGGCGAAUUGGGACGUCAUCAGUGUCAUUGUUAAGACUGGUGCUGAUUUACGGCAGGAGCAGCUCGCCACGCAGUUGAUUGAGCGGUUUGUCCGGAUUUGGAAGGAGGAGAAGAGCGAUUGCUGGGCGCGCUUCUUCCGCAUCCUCAUCACUGGAGAGACGUCGGGCUUGGUCGAGACUAUUACGGAUGCUGUGAGCGUGCAUUCAAUCAAGAAGAGCGAGUAUGCGCGUCGGCUGGCUGAGGGCGAGGCUAUUGGGCACGUGAGCCUCAUGGACCACUAUGUCAAUACAUACGGCAAGCCCGACUCUGGACAAUUCGCGCGAGCCCGCCGCAACUUCAUCAAGAGUCUGGCCGGAUACAGCGUCAUCACUUUCCUCCUGCAAAUCAAGGACCGGCAUAAUGGCAACAUCCUGGUCGAUCGGGACGGACACCUCAUCCACAUCGACUUUGGGUUCAUGCUCUCCAACUCGCCAGGAGGAAACAUGGGCUUUGAGGCUGCUCCGUUCAAGCUCCCCCUCGAGUAUAUCGAGAUUAUGGGGGGACUGGAUAGUCCGGGGUACACGUAUUUCAAGAAGCUGUUCAAGGAGGGCUUUGAGGCGGCGCGGAAGCACUCGGAUAGUCUGAUCACCAUCGUCGAGCUCAUGCAAAAGGACUCGAAGCUCGACUGCUUCCUCCUCUUCGGCGAGCACACGGUCACCCACUUCCGAGAACGGUUCGCUCUUGGCCUCACCACCGCCGCGGUCGAUGCCUACCUCGAGCGCCUGAUUCUGAGCUCGGCCGGGAGUAACUACACACGUCUGUACGACACGUUCCAGUACUACUCGCAGGGCGUGUUGUAG